AUGGCAAUAUAGGAACGGUUUCAAUCGGGAGACUAUAUACUAGUUAAGCUUUAAAGUUAGAGAAAUUUCUUUCUACAGAAUUCAAAAAAUUAAACCGUAGAAAUAUCCGGUUUCAGUUUUUGAUGUUCAGAAUAGAAUAGAGUUUACUAAUCUACAUAGAUUCUCUCGCCGAGCGAUGGGCGUCGUUUAAGUAUCCUCCUUCAAAUGGGACAAUGAAAACGUCUCUAAUUGGGUGUCCGUUCUCACUAAAAUGUUUACCUAUUGAGGUAGUACGAAUGAUACAUAUUUGUGAUGUGUGGCGAUAGAAUCAUUCUCUCAUCGGGAUGCUAGUUUGUCCCACAUAUUCGUCAUAGCAUUUUCUACAUCUAAUGUAAUAACAUAAAAUCGCAGCUCAAUCGUUGUCUAAUCUGGAUCUUACCACCAAACCUGGUGAUGAUUAUGCGAAUAUCGCCACUCAAUAAACAGAAACAACAACAGACCGUAAAAUCUCGUUGAGCGGGAUGCAAACAAAUUUCGGGAGGCAAUGUACCUAAAGGUCCUAAAUGAUUCGGAUGAACAAGAUAGCGGCGCAGGUUUGGAGGACAUUUGAAUGUAAAUAUGUACCGAGACCAAUCGGUCUUUGGGUUCGAAAAUUGUUGGAAAAUAGGUUUCAUAUGAGGCAACUGUCCGUUAUAUGUUAAUGGUAUUAGUUUUCUCUUUUGCUUUUUUUCGCCUUCAGUAGUUCCCGUUUUUGAUUUCAACAACAAUUUCAUUCUCUCAAGUUUAUCCACCUUUCGGAUUUUGGACAAAAUAUUAGAAAGACAGUGUCCUCUCCGUCGUAAACAAUGUACAAUAUUGGCAUAUUCGUGCCAUUUAUCAGUUUCAUCGUUACAUAUCCUUUUAACUUUAUGGAUUAAAGUUGUAGGUAGAUUUUUAAUAAUCUGUGCAGGGUGACCUGAGCUAGCACGAAUAUAUUGAAAAGUAUCUGUUGGCUUCUUGUAUAAUUUUGUGAUAAGUCAGUCUUGUAAAAGAUCCUUUUCGACUAGUACAUCUAAAUAGUUUAUUGUACUCGAACUGGUAUUUUAUAUUUUAUAUUUUAUAUUUUAAGUUUAAAAGCCCAUGUAUGAAAACAUCUAGAAAGAAAAACCACAUUCAUGACAAAGAAAAAAACAUAAUACAGGAUUUUGUAGCACUUGAGUAGUUGAUUCGAAUGAUAUUCGUUAUAUUUGAGCAAAACGAAUUGAAGAAAAAAAUAAUGUAAACGAUCACACUUCAUUGGAGACUCUUUUUUUUCUAUAAAUGGAAGCUGCCGUUUUACUCUAUUAAAAUUUCAGUUUUUGCGGUUUAGUCUAGCGAGAUGCUUUUUCAGCCUGGUAGAGCACCGUUUUUGGUUGUGUUUUGCGUUUUCUUGUUGUUUUAACUCUCAAAAAACUGCUUUAACAGUUUUGACUCGCAACCUUCCCGUUUUUUUUGUCAUUUUAACGUCAUCAGAAGGCUAGCUUUGCAUUAAGAUGUUUGUUUUAUCAUAUUUCAACCUAUAUCUUGUCUAUUUUCCAAUACGCGCUUAUUAAAAAGUAAUUCGUUAUCAAGUAUGGAUAUAUUUUCCUAGAAAAGCCCUCUGAAAUUAUUUUCUUACAGUCAACGGACCACAGUCGAUCGUUUCGAGCCACGUUUUUCAUUAUUCAUCGGUCUGACUAAUAUAAAUUCAUAAUGGAAAGAACCCAAUAAUUUUAAUAGCCAUCCGUUCAAAUACAUUUAGUGAAUACAUAUAAAAGUUUUGAUAAAGGAAAAAAAGGUGGGUAGCUAUGUCUGAUUCAUGGUAGAGAAACAAAGUAACACUGAGAAGCAACUCGAGGUUGUAAAUGGAGAAAACAAAUUGGAAUAUUAAUAUUAAUCAGUGAUAUGUAAAGAUCAAUGAAAGAUUCGUUAUAACGAAUCUGUCAUUGAUCUUUACACAUCACUGAUUAAUGAAAACCAGGUUUUUGGGACCUAGGUAUCUUAUUACAGAAUGAUUUAUGCAUCUUUAUGCGUAUAUGAGUUGAUUAGACCUAUGUCGAUGUUUUUAUUUAAUUUUGUUUUAUGUUUAACAUUUUCAUUUCAGAAUUAUUUAUAUUUAGUUAUAUAUUUUAUUUCAUUCAUACCAUUUAUAACAUCAUUAGGAAUUUUUGUUUGGCGUUCACCAUUAUAUUUAAAAGAAUUACAGAAUUAUUUAAAUCAUUUAAAAUUAAAAAUGUUAAAGACAGAGAAAGUGUCAUUAGCUAAAAGUUACAGUGCAAUUCUUGCUACUAGUGCACUUACUGGUGCCUCAACAGGAGCGGCUAUCGUAGCUGGUGCAUUCAGUUGCGUCCUAUCAGUUGUAGGAUCUGUGCCUGGUACUGUUGGAGAUGGACUUAUUGGUGCUCUUACCGGACUGGCAGCUGGCUCAAUUGCUGUAGGGGCUGAUGUGAUCAAACGCUCGUGGUCAAAAGAUAAUUUGUUCUCCUCAGGUUAUGCUAGUCAGCAUAAUUGGUCUUCCGUUUAUAAUGGUGCCAUGGACUACCCAACUAAUUGGCAGAAUUUUGCUCCACAAAUAGUUCCUUCCGGUUAUGGUGCUAGUGGUGUUUCCACUACUGGUGCAGACUAUCCAGGAAGUUGGCAGAACACAAACUAUCAAGCACAAAGUUAG